AUGAGCGGCACCAUGCGCUCUUUAAGGAAGGGCAUCUCGUGCCCGACCCAAGACCCGAAUUGCACGCGCAUUGUGGAAACUCUCUCCUCGUGGAACAAUUCCGUGAUGAGCGCGUAUAGGCUGGUGGACUUACCCCCCAUGACUACAUCCGUUGCCAUGGUGAGAGAGUCUGUCUACCCGUUCCCCACAGUGGAUGUGCCUGAUCAUGCUCAUUACACUAUCGGCGCUGUCAUCCUUGCAGUUGGCAUCACUGGCAUGGUGGGCAACUUUCUGGUCAUCUAUGCCUUCAGCAGGAGCCGUACACUGAGGACACCUGCUAACUUGUUUAUAAUAAAUCUGGCCAUCACAGACUUCCUCAUGUGUGCCACCCAGGCGCCUAUCUUUUUUACUACCAGCAUGCACAAGAGAUGGAUCUUUGGAGAGAAAGGUUGUGAGUUGUAUGCAUUCUGUGGAGCUUUAUUCGGCAUCUGCUCCAUGAUCACACUCAUGGUCAUUGCAAUUGAUCGAUACUUUGUGAUCACGCGGCCGCUAGCCUCCAUCGGAGUGCUGUCUCAGAAGAGAGCUUUUCUGAUUCUUUUGGUAGCCUGGGCUUAUUCACUUGGUUGGAGCCUGCCACCCUUCUUUGGUUGGAGUGCUUAUGUUCCUGAAGGGCUGUUGACAUCUUGCACCUGGGAUUAUAUGACCUUCACACCCUCCGUGCGAGCUUACACCAUGCUCCUCUUCACCUUCGUCUUCUUCAUUCCACUAAUUGUCAUCAUCUACUGCUAUUUUUUUAUCUUUCGUUCCAUUCGUAGUACUAAUAAAGCUGUGGGCAAAAUUAAUGGGGAUAACAAGAGAGACUCAGUUAAAAGAUUCCAAAGACUGAAAAAUGAAUGGAAGAUGGCGAAAGUCGCUCUCAUUGUUAUUUUCAUAUAUGUCAUCUCCUGGUCUCCAUAUUCGACUGUGGCACUAACAGCCUUUGCUGGGUAUGCUGACAUGCUCACACCAUAUAUGAAUUCAGUACCUGCGGUGAUAGCCAAAUCUUCAGCCAUUCACAAUCCUAUCAUCUACGCCAUCACACACCCCAAAUACAGGAUGGCCAUAGCAAAAUACAUUCCAUGUCUUCGCCUGCUGUUGUGCGUUCCCAAGCGUGAUCUCCACUCAUUCCACAGUAGCUCAAUGUCCACACGCCGUUCCACUGUCACGAGCCAGUCCUCUGAUAUGUCCGGAUAUUUCCGCAGAACCAGCACUGGCAAGUCCCGGCUCUCCUCCGCCUCUGACAGUGAAUCUGGCUGGACAGACACUGAGGCUGAUCUCUCGAGCAUGGGCUCCAGACCAGCCAGUCGGCAGGUGUCAUGUGACAUAAGCAAGGACACCACUGAGCUCCCAGAUUUCAAACCAACUAACUCAUCCAGCUUCAAGUCUAAACUCAAAAGCCAUGACUCAGGCAUCUUUGAAAAGAGCUCCUCUGAUGUUGAUGAGAUGUCUAUGGUUGGACUCAGUCAACCUGACUCUACUGUCCCUCUAGCUGCUGGUGAUAGUACAGAAGUGUCAGUUUCAAGAGGUACGAUUGGUCGGAUCCCCAGCAUUGUUAUCACUUCUGAGUCCAACUCUUUGCUGCCCUUAGUGAGGCCUAGCUGCAGAAGUAGCCGCUCAAGUUUGUCCAGUGGCAGUGUUGGGGCAAAUCCCUUCAGCAGAGACUCUCGAGGAGAGGUCCAGCAGGGGGCAGUACAUCUCUCCACUGCUCCUGAAACACCCGAGCUCCCUCUAUUAGAAAACCCUUGCCCUCAAUAACUCUUCUUAAAAGCUUAUGCUGCAUUCAUGUGCAAUCGGAAUAAUCCUACUUCCCACUUCUGAAGUGGUAAUUACGAGUAUGUCGUGUUCACGUGCUUUGUUGUCAGAAAGAACAGGAAACAUGGACGACGCCAGGUUCAUUCAUACAUAUUUCUUGAGGAACUUUUAUUUUGACACCAUAAUACAUAUCACUCAGUUAGCUUGCUGACGAUAAUGGAAUUUUGGUCAAAUACAAGCUAUUUUCACUGUGUAAAAAUGUACAACAUGCAUAGAAUGGUUGCUGAUUUACAUAAAUUAAUAUGACCAAAGUGGAAAGCGCUAACAAUUAGCUGCAUUUAGAAAAAUGAACAAAACCUGUCAUUCACUUCAUAAACUGUACUCUCCUCCACCAUGUUGAAAGUACUCCUCCCAUCUCGGAAACUCAGGUAUCAAAAUUAUCUCCGAGUUUUCCAGUCGUAAUUACGACUUGAGGGGUUAUUCAUGUGCAACUUCCGAGUGGGAAACUCGUAUUUACGAUAAUUCCGAUAGCACGUGAAGGCAGCAUUAGUCCUUAUACCUCUUCACCUGCUGUCCAAAAUCUUAUGUUCAGGCAUAAGAGUUUGUUUGUUUGUUUUUUGUUUUUGUGAGUUAUCCUGUUAUGUGGUGUAGAAGUUUAGCAAUGCAAACUUGAAGUCAAGACAAAAACAGAGAGGUAGUAAUCUGUGCUCUGAAUGUAAAAUGUGAAAAUGGAUUGUUGUCUUCCUGUUACAUGUGUAAUACCUCACCUCAGCUGUAAAAGGAUGUCCAAUAUUUGUUUCAAGGGAAAAUUUAAGGGACUGUGCUUUGAAUCAGGCAAAGCUACUUAAGCUGAUCCAUGGAGAGUUAUUGGAAGGAAAGAAUAUUUGGCUGGGAAAGGACAUCUGAAAGUACUUUUUGUCUGUUCAUUGACAUCAAAUAGGCCGCGAUGGGAAGUUGUUUUUGUUAUAGUAUCAAGGUUCUGAUAUAGUAUCAGAGGUAUCGGAGGUAUGCAUUGUAAGUUUUAUUUUGAAAAUUGUACUCUUAUGAAUACAUUUAUGUGAACUGUAUUUGCAACUGUAACUUUAUAUCUGACCUCCCAUCUAAUUUUAAAAGCUGUGUGGUAUUUUCCAGGUUGUAGGAGGUUCUCAUCCAGUUGUUUUGGAAAAGCAUUUUAGAUGUCUGAUGUUGCACAAUUGUUUUAUUUGUAACUGUGUAUUUACCGGUACUUAUUAUGCAUUUAAUUGUAAAGUUCUUGUAAUAUUAUUAAUGGCCUCUGAAAAUAACAAUGUGGGGCAAUAGAUCCUUGAUAACGUCAGUAAAAGAAUGUGGUAUUUAAUUUGUAUUUGUUAUCAUAGUUUACAAAUAGGUGUGAAAGGAGUUCAUUCUUCGGUUGUAUGUCACACAAUGCUAUUCCAUUAAUGAUAAUAGGAAGGAACACAGAUACAUAUUUCACCAUAAAGCAUGUGAAUUACUCUAAUGGCUUAUUUAUUUAUUUAUUUAUUUAUUUUUUAUCAUAGUAACAGAUGUAAUAUAAUGUUUGAAGAGAUAAAAGAAAAAAGAUUUGUAUGUUGCUUUGGAAAGAAGUCAUCUCAAACUGCACAAACCACGUAAUGUAAAUGCCUGGAGUGGGGACACAUGAUUAUCUCAGUAAAUCUAAAACAGUGCAGCCAUGAGAGAAUGCAUUCAACUGAUGUCAUGCAUGCUGUGUUUGUCACCAUGAAUCCAUCAUCAAUAUAGCACCCUAAUGAAUACUGGUCUCUGAACGGCAUGCACAACUAAAACCAGUUUGACAAAUCACCUCCCUAGACAUGACAUGAUGGUGUUUGUUUUUAUAUAAAAAGAACUGUUUAUUGUUUGUGUUGCUAAAUUUCAACGUUCACAUGAACUCACACAAUCAAAUUAUAGUCAACUAUUAAUGUUUCAGCUAUAAUAUUGCCUUUUGACUCAAUUAAUAUUUAUUAGGGCUGGAUGUACAGGACCUCAAACAUGGUGGUGGCUGCUCUUAUAGACAGUUUUGAAAGACAUAUUUAGCAAAUAAUCAUGACAUAGAAUUUAAACUUUGUUACACUCUCUAGAGCUGGGUCUAGUGUUAAUUUGUUUUUGUUUUUUUCUAGAAAAGGUAGAACAAUGGCCAAAAGUUAAGGAAUCAUUCAUAUCAUUUUAUUCCAAAGAAUUUUGUGAAGUAUGGUAUCAGAGUUUAUAUCAAUUAAUGUGUAUCCAUUUAAAUUAAAGACACCAUAUAUAUGUGUAUUUAUUAAACAUGA